AGAACAGCUGGGGAAACUGAGGUUCAGAGCCAGGACUCCACGCCUGCAGAGGCUACCGCGAAAGGGGCGCGUCCUGCCCGGUGGGCCGCCUCCUUCCGCCCCCCACGCCGGGGUCUCCCCUCCCGCUUUUUCCCUCGCCAAGCCGCCACCUCGGAUGCGAGCCAUGGUUGCGACCGUGGCGGCGGCGUGGCUGCUCCUAUGGGCCACGGCUUGCGCGAAAUCCGAGCAGGACUUCUACGACUUCAAGGCGGUCAACAUCCGGGGCAAACUGGUAUCGCUGGAGAAGUACCGCGGCUCGGUUUCUCUGGUGGUGAACGUAGCUAGCGAAUGUGGCUUCACAGACCAGAACUACCGGGCCUUGCAGCAGCUGCAGCGUGACCUGGGUCCCUACCACUUUAAUGUGCUUGCCUUCCCUUGCAACCAGUUUGGCCAGCAGGAGCCAGACACCAACAGAGAAAUCGAGAACUUUGCCCGCCGCACCUACAGUGUCUCUUUUCCCAUGUUUAGCAAGAUUGCAGUCACUGGCACUGGUGCUCACCCUGCCUUCAAAUACCUAAUCCAGACUUCCGGGAAGGAGCCUACCUGGAACUUCUGGAAGUACCUAGUGGACCCCGAUGGAAAGGUGGUGGGGGCUUGGGAUCCAACAGUGCCCAUUCAGGAGAUCAAGCCGCGGAUCACAGAGCUGGUGGUAAAGCUCAUCCUUAAGAAACGAGAAGAGCUGUGAUUGGUUCCCUCUUCCCCACCACUGCCGUCCCUCGCCAAACUCAAGUGGUGCUUCACAGGCAGAGAGCCUGGGCUUCUCGCCCCUUCACUCACAUAGAGGAAGAAGUCUAAGACUUUGACUCCAAGAGCAAGGAAUAGGAACUCCUGGCCAAUCAGAGCUCUGAACAGUCAAUCACGGGCCAGUGGGCUGCUGGCCAAAGGAAACAUGGCCAGGCUAUGAGAAACCAUGUAGAAGGGUAUGAAGCAACCCUCUCUCCUAGCCAGGCUCCUGUAAAGAGAAGCCAAGUCUUACCUCACAGGAAGGCAUGAGGAAGGCUGUGAGGAUUAGCAUCUAACACCUGAGAACGUGCCUGGGGCAGUGCUAGCCAAAGAGGAAACAUUCAGCACAUGUUCUCUGCCUAUAAACAAAACAUUACUUGUGAUAAUAAAACUUGAACUCAACACAAAUGUCUAGCCAAUGGAAAUGUA